AUGAUUACUUGCCUUUACCCUGUCAUUCUACACUGCAUCAAUACAUCAGAGGUUAUUGAAGAAUCUCUAGAAUGGUUAAAUAGAUGGGAAGCAUUCAGAUCACAGAUUAGAAGCACUGAUCAAAAGGGAUUUUUGAGCCACCAGACAGCAGAAAAUUUACGCUUGACGCUGACUAGUAUCUUAGCACUCAUCAAACAAUUGCUUCCAAACUCAUAUUAUAUCCUGACAGCUCACUUUAAUCAGGAUCCGUUAGAGAUAAAACUGAUAAAGUGUAAUCGUUUCUUUGGAAUGAUAAGACAAGGAAGUGGAAGCAAUUCUCAUCCCACAACAGUACAGUUCUUAUACCUGUACAGACUGAUGACUGUGUACAGUUUGGUUCGUCUUCCCAAACGAGCAUCAGUUCAAACUGAUCCUGGAUCUAUCCUUAUUACUUUAAAAAAUCUUCUUCAUAGUCAUAAAAUACCAUUUAAAGAAGUUCAAGAACAAUUGGAAGAACAUUUAGAAAAUUUGCUUUGUGAUCCAAGCCUAUACUAUGGAGAUCCUAGUGAUAGUGAAUUAUUAGAUCAUGAUUAUUGUACACCAGAAACAUUUAAGUUUAUCCUACAUUAUUUAAGAGGUUACAUUGUUUAUCAUCUACUGCUAUCACUCGGUUGUGAUGAAUGCAAAAAUAUAUUAACAGCAAAACCUGAGGAUACUGCACCAGAGAAGGCAUUUACAUUCAUCAAAUCUCGAGAGGUUUCUUAUAUCCAAGCUGUAAGCUUUGCCAAUUGA